AUGUCCUCAAACGACCCCAACACCAUCGACAAAGCAACGUCCCCCGAUAACUCCAACGCCGAUGUCUCAGCCGCCGUAGAAGACCUGCUAAACACCCUCUCCAACAAAUUUGCUAGCGUCUCAUCCGAGAUAUUCGCCAAGAUGGAUGAGAUGUCGCGUCGGUUAGAUAAUCUAGAGGCUGCGUUGCAAGAGAGUAAAGCGAGUGAGGGGUCCGGGUCAACCAAGUCUUGA